GCGAAACGUCACGAGCCGUCGCGAUCGCGCCGUGACGGCCACCGGCUUGGAAGGGACGGGACGCGGCGUGCGUGCCGUGUUCGCGGGCGUUUCUAAUGUUGGUACUAUCUGUCGCUACGCGCCGCGAGGCUACGAGGCGGCGAUUCAUCGCCGGUCGCCGUCGUUUAUUGAUUUCCUCCACGUUUUCCUAGAUAUAUGUCCCUCGCGUGAAUAUCGCGGGACCACCAUGUGCCAACCGUGAUCGAGCAGGUACCGUCGCACGGGAAGCCCCGUUUUCACGUGAGAGAAAAAUUUUUUCCCGGACAUGUUCUCCGAAGGGGAGGAACGCGGGAUUGUCGCGCGCACAGCUCUGUGCGAGAGAACGGGAUGCCAUUGGGGGAGAAAGAGGGGAAAAAUUUCGUCGGAGCAGCCUCGGACUAGACUUGCGAAUGAGCGAGCUGUCCCGACUAAUAUGCGUCCGCGGUUCGGAUGUGCGGAUGUGACGUACUUGGUGCAAUUGAGACAAUUCAAUUUCCGCCGAAUGCGAAUCAACGUGAUUUAAAUUGGACCGGCGAGAGCAGGAGGGAAACGCGUAACAUUUUGGCCGAAAUUGAAGAUGGCCGACGCGGAUCCACAGUUCAAGCGACUCUUGCUGCCAGCGGAGGAGACUCUGUUCGAGCAGCUGUUGAGAUUCGGCCUCUACGUAGGCGCGGUGUUCCAGAUCAUGUGCUUGCUGGCUAUAGUCGUGUAUCAGGCCGGUCCGUCCGACGGCGUGGCAGCUUUGAAGGACGACCCGAGCGACGUGGAAUGCUCCGAGAACAGCCCGCAGGUGACGCCGAGAAGACCGCACCGGCCGCGAAAGCAGGAGAAGAAGAAGAGGCGUUGAGACGUUUCCCUGCGAUACUUCGACGAGUACCCUCGUGCUUCGCGACCACCUGAAGGCUGGACCUUGAAGAUAAUCCCUCAACUCGUCUAAGUUGUAUACUACACGGACAUUUUAUAGCGUCGCGUCAAUCUCCAGAUCAUACUUUACUUUUGCUACGUCUUAAACGCGCAACUUAUUGUCUCCGUUUCGAUCUCUGAUUUAUAAAAGCGUUAUUUAUAUUGAAUUUAUACUUAUAAAAGCGUUAUUUGUAUGUGAUAUUUUAUAAAGGAAGAACUGUUAGCUUUUACAUGAUGAAAUUAGCGAGGAGGAUCUUUGGAAUAAAAGUAAUUCUGCAAAAGAAAA